AUGGUUUGUAUUCGCCCCGCAGUCCUGUCAGACCUCCCUGCCAUGCAGGAAUGUAACCUUAUGUGUUUGCCCGAGAAUUAUCAGAUGAAAUAUUAUUUCUAUCACAUAUUGAGCUGGCCUCAAUUGCUCUACGUCGCCGAGGAUACUGAUCGUAAAAUAGUUGGAUACGUAUUGGCGAAGAUGGAAGAAGACGCCGGGUCGGAACCCCCUAAUGGCCACAUCACGAGUCUCGCUGUGCUCAGGUCACACCGUAAGCUUGGCAUCGCCACGAGGCUCAUGAAGGCCGCCUUGAAGGCGAUGCACGAGACGUUCGAUGCGGAAUAUGUUAGCUUGCAUGUCCGAGUGUCGAACACGGCAGCCCUCACUCUUUAUAGAGAUACUCUCGGCUUCAAACAACACGAUCUCGAUAAGCAAUACUAUGCGGAUAAGGUGCGCCUUUAUCUUCGGGUUGGAUUCAUCCAAACCGUUGCUUCACUGGACGAUCGUGAUAAAUGGGAUAGCCCAUUAUGA